AUGAUUCCAGUGGUAGACUUCGCCCAGUGGGAGUCUGGCCCCGAUACCAACCGUCAUCGCAUCGCGAAGGAAAUUGUCGCCGCUUGUCAGGAGGUGGGGUUCGUCUAUAUAAUCAACCACUCACUCCCGGGGCCUCUUCUAGAUGAAGCAUUCCACUGGUCUCAGCUGUUCUUCGAUUUGCCCCAGGGGGAGAAAUUGAAGGCUCCACAUCCGGAAGGAUGGGCAGUCCAUAGGGGAUACUCGUGGCCCGGCUUGGAGAAAAUUUCACAGUUAGAGGCGACAAAUGUGGAGGACGAUGAACGGGCUAAACAGCUACGAGACAUUCCUGAUAUGAAAGAAAGCUAUGAUAUCGGCAGCGAGAACAACGCCACCCAACCAAAUCAAUGGAUUCCUAAUGACAGUCUCCCAGGAUUCCGCGAUUUCAUGACACGAUUCUACUGGGAAUGCUUUCGAGUGGGCGGAGAUGUCCUCAAGGCUCUCGCAAUCGGUCUAGAUCUUGACGAAAAUCACCUACUAGAUAAACACUCAGGCCAUAACAACCAGCUUCGCCUGCUCCAUUAUCCACCUAUCCCAGCAUCGGCUUUAGAAAACAACCGUGCGGCCCGUUGCCCAGCCCAUACGGAUUGGAGCUCAAUCACGUUGCUCUUUCAAGAUGACUGCGGCGGAUUGGUGGUAGAAGACGUAGCAAACCCGGGCACCUUCAUCCCCGCCACGCCGAUCAAACAUGCCAUUGUAAUGAAUGUAGGAGAUCUGCUACAGAGGUGGAGCAAUGGUCUGUAUCCGAAUGUGUUUUUAAGUUUUUUUCACAAAUGCUACAUCACAAUUCUUCGCUCUGGGACUAAUUCAAGGGUAUACAGAUUCAUUGAUAUCGACAAGCCACGGAGUUACAUUACCACCACUGGCAGAUCGAUUUGA